UCACCAUCACCUCUCAUUCAUCCUCGUCGUCUCGCACAUCUCCCUGCAGCAUCCACGCACGUUCCACCGCGCACCGAACCCACCCUUUGCGCCGCUCCUCUCGUGUCCGUAGCGCACCGCCCACAUGUCGUCGCCGGCCGCGCCGCGCGCGCACAAGCAGAGCAUGUCCGAGCUCAAGCUGCGCCGCCUCACGGAGCACAACGCACGCCUGCGCGACGACCUCGAGCGCCCGCGCGUGCGCGUGAGCGAAGCUAGUGCCAGCCUGAUCCGCUACUGCAAGACGACCCGCGACGUCCUCGUGCCGUCGGUGUGGGGCCCCGUGGACAAGAAGGAGGACCCGUACGCGCCGGGCGGCGGCGGCUGCAACUGCCUCGUCAUGUAGGCAGAGCCUCUGAGCGCACGGCAUCUCUGCGGCUCGACUGCACGACUGCACCCACUCCGUCAUUCUCCGUCAUUCUCCCCGCUACGGCGGCGCCCUGGUCCCAUACCCUGCGCAAGCAUAUCGCUGCGCUCUCUCUGCCACGGCAUCACCGUCCCGCAUCCGUUAUGGUCGCCUGUUCCUCUCUGUUCAAUCGUAACGUCGCGUCACACCGUCUUGAGGGGC